ACCAAGUGGAAGAUCAGGAACGUGGCCGCCAACUUUCGGCAGCUCAUAUCCGCCAGUGGAGUUCGCCCAAAGCAAAAGCAAUGAUGAUGACGCUGCUGCGCAUUGGAGUGCGCCGUGCCUGUGGUGGUGGUGCUGUGAUGAGGAUGAGGAUGGGGAUGGGGUUGGCGCGGUUCGCAAGCACAGCUCGCGUGAACACGGGAUGGCGUCGUGCUGCAGCGAGCAUGGGUGGUGUGGUCGCCACUGGCGCCGCCGUGGCACUUGCUGCUGCUGCUGCUGCUGCUGCAUCCAAUUCCAACGACAACGUGCUUGUUGGAGCGUCACCGCUUGUGGUGGUGAGCGCUGCUGCUGAACAGCAGACGCCACUUGCCGUUGCGCAGGAAGCAGAAAACAUGUACGGCAGCAACCCAAAGGCCAUCUACGACAUGGUUGGCGAUUACCUGAAGAAUGGAGGCGAGCGCCACGCAGAGGUGCUCUGGCGCUAUGCCCGCGCAUGUCGUGACUAUUCCACAGAGGUGUCGGACAAGAAGGAGAAGAAGCGCCUCAUCUUCGAGGGCUUUGAAGCGGCCAAGGAGGCUGUUGAGUUGGACGACCGCUCGUUUGGCAGUCACAAGUGGGUGGCAAUCAUGACCAAUGCCACCGGUGAAUACCUUGGCUCGAAACAACAGCUGCUGGAUGCUUACAAGAUCAAGGCGCACUUUGAACGUGCGUGUGAGCUGAACCCCCAAGAUGCGACCUCACGCCAUCUGCUCGGUGUCUGGUGUUUCACCUUCGCUGAUAUGCCUUGGUACCAGCGCAAGGCGGCAGCCGCCCUGUUUGCAACUCCGCCAACCAGCACAUACGAGGAGGCUCUCCAGCACUUUGAACAGGCAGAAAAACUGGACCCCGGCUUCUACACGAAGAAUGCAAUGUACCUGGGGAAGACCCACCUGCGACUGCACAACAAAGCCGAAGCAAGGAAGUGGCUGCAGGCGUGUUUGGAUAUGACCGCAACAAACGAGGACGAUCACCAGGCGCAGGCAGAGGCCGCAAAGCUCAUUCGUCACACGUGAUGAUGACGAUGAUGCAUUACGGUUGUGGUUUCACCACUUUUGCUGUCUUCUCUCGCGCCUUGUCUGUUUCGCAGCUGGCUCUUCUUCUCCUUUCCCGUCCGCCUGCUGCUGUUGCUGUUACCUGAUCCACCCCCCCCCCUCUCCCUUCCGCCUUUGCCCUGUAUCUGCGUGGCAUCGCCCCCAGCUUCUGUCUCCGAGCCCUUGUCAUGGGUGCUGGUGACUGUGUAUGGAUGGCAUUUGGCAGUCGUCACAUUGUUCGGGUGAAAGCCUCUUGUGUCUUGCUUGCUUUGCUUCUUGUCUCGCUCGUACGUGCGUGCGUGCUGCUGCUACAUUCGUUCAGCAUUGAAUCGUUUACAUGUGUGUGUGUGUGUGCAGCCAUGAAACAAAAGCGUUUUGGCCA